UUUUUUUUUUUGUCUUUUUUGAGAUGGGGCUCCCUAUGCAAUUCAGGCUGGCCUUGAGCUCACUUUGUAGCCCAGGCUGGUCUUGAACUGGCAAGGAUCCUCCUGACUCAGCCUCCUGAGUGCUGGGAUUACAGGCGUGAGCCACCACGUCCGGCUGUUAACUGCUUUCUUAAUUUCUCUGUGUUACUCUGUUUCUUUCUUUCUUUCUUUUUCUUCCUCCUCCCUUUGUAUGUCUCCUAAAAUAUCUGAGGCUUAUUCCAACCAAACAAUAUUGAGGCUAGAUGGUAAAUGAAAAAACAGUUGAGUAAAACUGACCAACUACUCCUAAUUUAACAAUAUUCAAUAUAUUAACUAGUAUUUGUGCCUUAAUUUUUUGGAAAUUGUAUCAUUUCUGUCCUUUUUCUAUUUCGUUUUUUAAAAUAAAAUUUUAAAAAAAGUUGCUAUUUCGACCAUUAUCUCUCUCUAGUUCAAUUUAAAGUAGGCGUACUGCAAGAAACAGAAAUUAAAAAGCAGAAAUUAUUUUUCAGUCAAUCAACACUGACAUUUUUUCUGAUUACCUUUGUCUUUACAGUUUUUCAAGUAAAUUUUUUAUGAGCCCAUAUUUGCAGUACAUCAAGUUUGCAUUACUUAGUGGAGCUGAUCAUGUAUGUAACAUGUCUUUUUUUAUGUAUAUUUGAUAAAAAUUUUUAAAAAAUUUUAUUUAAAGAGAACAAAACAGUAAAAGGGUACAAGUAAUACAGAAUUUCAAAAAAAAUAAACAGUAAGAAAUCACUAGUUAAUAGUUGUUGUCAUCUUAGAAAUACUUGUUCAAGUUACAAAAUUCAAGCAUACAAGAUGGACAUUCAAACAGUGAGAUUGCGAACAGUUGUCUUCAAUAAUCCAACAAAAAUUAGUAAUAUGAUCAUCUGUCUUACACACCUAAGCACCCUUGCAGUUGUGUCCUUUACAGCACUUUCUUUUCCUCUCUUUUUUGCAAUAACAUUUACACAUUUUGGGUUUUAUUACUCCCACAGUUAAGCGAGGGUCCGAAACUAGCUGGAGUCCUGGAGAAGGUGCGGGGGCACUUAACACCAGGCCGCCCAGCCUCUGGAACCGAUGGCACCUGCUUGCCUCAUGUGUAACACAUCUUAAUUCCUUCUGUUCAUUCUCAUUCUUUUCCUUCCCCUCCCUCCAUCUCUUGAUCUUCUUCCCAUUUAAGAAGCCUUCUAUCUCCUACUUCCUAUGAUCUAUCUUAUAUUUUGAGUUUCUCAUAUAAGCAAAUCCAUGUAAUAUUUAAGCUUCUGUGUCUGAACUGUUUCAUUGAACACUAUGGUAUAAAGGUGUGUCUGUUUUCCUACAAAGGACUCAAGUUUAUCCUUUAUGGAAAAGUACUGUUGUGUAUAAAGGCACAUACUCUUUAUCCAUCCAUUGGUUGAUGGACAUACAGGCCUUUUCCAAGACUUAGGUAUUGUGAGUUGCUAUAAACUUGGGAAUGAAUGUAUCCCUGUAAUAUGAUGUCUUUAACUCUUCAGCGAAGAUACCUAGAAGGGGAAUGGCUGGGCCAGGUGAAAUUGUUCAUUUUACUUUGGAGGAAUCUCCAUGCUGAUUUCCCCAGUGCUUGCACUGGUUUACAUUCCCACCGACAGUGGAGAAGGGCUCCUUUUUCUCUCCCAGUCUCACCCACAUCCUUGAACCCCAGGAGCUGCCCUGGUUGAGGAGAAAGAACACUUAAUUCGAUGCUCAGGGUGACUCAUUCCCAAAGGUGGUUUCACAUGCCUUUUCCUCUGCACCUUGAGGAGGGCCAGCUGCUUCUAGCAUCUCUGAAGCGCAGUUGGUCUGCUUUCUUUGAGCAUUGUAGAAGAGUUGGCUCCAUUCACAUCUGACAUGAGUCCUCUGUUUGCAUAUUUGACAGAAAGAAGCAGAGGUCAGCUGGCUGGAGAAUUUUGGAUGCCUGUAUCUUCCUGGCCAUGCAGGGAAUUUCUCUUGUCCUUGGGACAGAGUAUCUACACUGCAUCUCGAGUUUCCCCAAAAAGAAACAGGAAUAACCCAAAAGAGUGAAUGUAUCUCAAAAUAUGAGAAUCAUUCUUAAAGAAAGUCACCUUUUCCUAAAUGAUAUUUGAUUGAUGGCUGCUGAUCCAUGAAUGUCUCCAAGGACAGCUCUGAGGCCGACGUUAACCAUCACAGUUGGAAACUUCCAGGCUAGCAAGAUCAUGUGCCAUCUUUCCAGGCGUUGUUGAUAAUGUUUUAUAUAAUAUGCUUGGCCAAAACCCAUAAAAAGGCUGGAAUAUCUUUUUUUUUUUUUGUCUUUUUCCUUUUUAUUGGUACUGGGGAUUGAACUCACGACUGCCUGCUUGCAAGGCAGGCGCUUAUGCGCCCAGCCCCCUGGAGUAUCUUUUUUAGGGCAUCCAGCUACAUUUAAAUUUAAAAUAUAAGAGAGAAGUGAAAGGGUUUUCUGGUGCAAUAGAGAAGUAAAAGUACAAAACAAACAGGUUUAUUGAGAUGAGGGCUUGGGAAGGAGCACACAACCCAUGGUGGCUGUGCUGUGUCCUUUGACCAGAAUAUGGGGUAUGGGGGACAUAUGUAACCUGUGAGUGGGGGUGGUGCUUAGGGCAGGCAUUGAUGACACGCUAGGAGCUGAUUGAAAUUAAGGCUGAGGAAGAAGCAGGAUUUGGUAAGCAGUCUCCCACUUUGCCUUUGGCCAUGUUAGACCACCGCCAUAAUCAUACAAUAAUUUAUUCUAGUGCAAAACUCUUUCAAGAAGAAAUCACUUUACUAGGCACCACCCUACUUAAUAUUGAAACACAAUCCACUUUUCAUUGAAUAGGUAGAAAUUUGCUCUCUGAAUAGAAGUUCAUGUGAAUAGUGGUAAUACUAACUAUAAAUACCGUAAACCCUGUGAACGCCUUUGUGUACGUACAAACUCAUGUGUGUGAGGUAAUCCUUGCAACAAGGACAAAAAUGCUAGGGAUGAGUUUUCCAUAUUAAAAAAAAAUAAUGUACACUCUAAUCCCAUAUUUCAAAUAAAGAUUCUUGAAGUUGAGAGGCUCGAAGGACUUUCACAGAGUUACAAAUCAAUUACGUUCCAAAGUUGGACUCUGGUUGGAACUUUUCCUUCUCAGGGUUUAUGAAAGUCAUAAAAAUCAAGUGAUGAAAUACAGCACUAGUAUGUGAAAAUGGACAAUGGAAAAAUACAGAAAGCUGAUGAAUAAAUUUACCCGUCAUAAAAGCCCCCAUUUUAUAUACACUGCCCUGCUUAAUAUUGAAACAAAAUCCACCGCAGUUAUGGCUGCCCAAGUGGAGCGAUGUGUCUCACUUUUCUUUUCACAGUAUUUUUUUUUUUGAAAAGGAAAAGAGAUAAGCCCAGCACGGAAUGAGAUUUUCUGCAAUGUGUGUAUGUAUUCAAGAGCUGUGUUCACGUUAUUCUGUAGAGAUAAGUGACAUACAUCACUGCAUAGAAUACACCACUAGAAUCUGCAGUUUUCAAAUUUCAGAGGCAAUUUUUGAGCACACAGGUGUAAAAAUAGGAACGUGUUCAGGAACACAUUACCUUUUUAUAAUCACAAGCACUCCAAUUAACAAAAUGAUUAUGUUGUGAUUGUAAUAAUACCAAACACGGGGGCCAGAAGAGUGUGCUCAGCUUUUGAAGUCUUUUGGCCACUGGGUGUCAUGAUUUUGCCCUGAAACUGUUUGCCCUUCUACAAUCAAAGGGCCUGGUUUUAUAAAACAGAGCCAUUCACUGUGACAUGAUUUAUCAUAGUAAGUGAAAGUUUUUAAAAAAUACGCUUCAAUCCUUUUCCAGAUAAUUGAUACAUAAUAUGUGAAAAACAACAUGAUUGCUGUUGUUCCCUCCCUAAAAUUGGCCAACAGAAAUUAAACCUCACCUAUUUUAAUGUAAUGUAAACCCAUAAUGCUGUUGGUUAUAUACUCAACUUUGAUUGUAGCAAAGUCAAAUUUUGAAGCAUAUCUAUGCAGCAUAUCUAUGCAUGUUCUUGGGAACCAUUUUUUUUUUUUUUUUUUUUUUUUGUCUUUUUGAGACAGGGUCUCACUGUGCAGUUCAGGCUGGCCUUGAGCUUACUUUGUAGCCUAGGCUGAUCUCCAACUCGCAACAAUCCUCCUGCCUCAGCCUCCCAAGUGCUGGGAUUAUAGGUGUGAGCCACCACGCCCGGCUUGGGAACCAUUUUUGAAGAACUCCGUCAUACCAAAUUAGUAUAGUGCAAAGGUUUAGGGGGAAAUGAUUUCAUGUUAAUGACCAGUUGCUCUUAAGCUGUGCCUGGUAUGUACAUGUGUGGCAGAUGUACUAUACAACUGUUCAAUAAUUACAACCAGACAGCUAUGCCUCUUCUCUGUAAACGAAAUCUACUCUGCCAAGUUUGGUUAGAAGUGAGUAUUUUGUGACAAUUAAAAACAGUUGUGCUUGUUCUGUAACAGAAGCACUUCUGAAUUUGGAGGAAAGAUCUAUAAAGAUAGGACAAGAAGACUUAGACAAGGGUUCCAAGAACAUCAUUAAAAGCUUCCUUUUUUUUCUCUAGUGCAUAUUUAUUUUGAAGACCAGUUAGUUCCUAAAUCAUAAACAUGAAUCUCAUGAUCUUGCUGCCUGGUUUAAAGCUCAAUGUUUAAAAUUCUGUGAUUGGUUAUAUGCAAGCCAGAAGUUGGAAACCACGGAAUUCAGUUUACAAGGCUAUUUUAUUUUACUGUUGUGGUUGUUUCUGUUUGAAACCAAACCUGAAAAAAACCCAAGUUUUUUUUUUUUUUUGAGCACGUAACAUCAGACCUUCAUGGAAGCAAGUAGUCAUUUUUUGGUAAUUAGACUUGCUACGUAGAUUUAACUUUUUUAUUUUAAAAAUAAUAAAAUCCAACAAAACAAAACACAACAAAGCCAAUCAAAUCAAAGCCGCAAAAUUGCUACAGAACUUCAAAGCAGGAUACUAGGAAAACAACAACAGCUACCAUAGUAUAUCUUGUUAUCUUCACCAUACUUGUCCAUUCCAUCAGGUAGAGCAAAAUCAAACCCAAAACGAAACAGAAUAAAACCAAUCAAAACAGAAUAUUGAAAAAAGCAAAAACAAUCAGAAGAAAACAAAACACUGAGAACAAUAUUGGAUUUCAAAGACAAAAUAGGAGGAAAUCCCCCAUAUUUGCUGUAUUCAUACUGUCAUCCUCCCAAGAGAUGCUCAGACCACUGGUUCCAAGGCUGCAAAAUCAACCAGAUAAUACAAGUAUUUAGUUGCUUUAUGUACCUUAGUUGCUAUCAGCUCAGCACAUCCUCAGAACCAGCAGAAUGCUUAUGGUGGGUGAGUUGGGGGAAGGUUGUGAUUCUCAACCCACAUGCAGGGAGGUUCAUGGGAGGCACUGACUUUUCUCUUCUUAGAAUCUGUGUGGCUUGUAUGGCUUACUAGAAAUUCUGGCUAUUUGGCUUCUUCUUGGAUCCUCCCAGUCCCAGCAUGAUGAAUUCUUGGGAGGUGCUAUGUACAUUUAAGAAAUUGCUUUUUACUAGUCACAUAAAUGCCUUUGCUUUUCAAAGAAAGAAAUUGACAGUGUUGAUUUUCAGUUGAGAAUUCAUGAAAAGGGUACAGCAGUAGGAGCUGACUGCCAAUGUGAAUUCACACUGGGCUACAUUCCUUAGAAUGAAAGGACAUAUAUAUUUGAUUGUAAAUGAUAAGCUAUAUCAAGUCUGUAUUCAACUAGUUUGCAAGAUUGUGACAAGAGAAUCAAAGGACAAUGUGCAGAAUCAAAAGGUGCUAUCUCUGAUUACACUUGCAAAAGCAUUUUUUAAGGUAAAGGCAAAAGAAAAUUGAAAACAAAACUUCAUUUAGUAAACUGUUACGGUUUAUGUCAGUGGCCCCCAAGCCUCAUGCAUUAAGACUCAACCAAAUCAAGCAUUUGUGAUUGGUUGAUUGUCUACCACUCUGAUUGGUGGUGUGAGUGCUAUUCCCACCUAUGGGUGGAGCCAACAUGUGAUGUUGUAAGACCGGUGUAGCGAAGGAGACCUCAAGGACUCAGCUCUCAUGUAAGAACAAAGGGGUUUAAUUCUCCUUGCACAUGGGGUCCUCCGAACAAGCGGGCACAGAGAACCCCAAGUUGGGGCAAGGCUGGUGCUUUUAAGGGGAAAAAAACGCAAAGCAAGCGUUUGAUACAGAAGCCAAUCAUAGCAGUUAGCGCGGGAUAGUCGGCGGUCUGUCUACUUGUAAUUGGUUAGUUCAUAAGGGGUGACCAGUGGGUCAGAGUUAACUGUCUUGUUCUGCACAGCUUAUCUUUAGGACACCUGGUCCCUGUAUGGUUCGGGUUUGACAUACUUUACAACCCUGAUUAGCGUAAUCGGCAGGCUUUAUCUCUGAGCUCCCUGGCACAGUGCAGCCCGAGCAUAUCACAGUUGCAGAUGUUUUCUUUUUGAUCUAAGUCAUGAGGCCCAGUUCUGUUUCUAGCUGAGAAACAGCAUCUUGUUUUUAACUUUUAAAUUUCUGGUCCUACAAUGUAAGGGUGGGAAGAAGGUGUGUCUCUCUCUUGGUGGUUCACACCUUGCUGUUUGUAGCCACCAUGAAUGGCUGCCCCGCCAUGCCAUACUGUCUUGGAGCCAACCGAGUAUGGGCUGAAACCUCCAAGAACUGUAAGAAAUAAAAUUUUUCUUCCCUAAAUUUGGGCAUCAGGGAGUUUGUUUCAGUGAAGAGUAAAAAGUAACUAAGGCACAGAAAUUUUUAUAGUACAGUACUGAGAGAGAAUCUGGUUUUUAUUAGUUUAUCACAAAAAUAUCAUUACAAUUGUGGCAUGAUCUAUGGCAAGACCUGCUCUGAGCCUUGUCAUUGAGAACGAUUCCACAUGGUACUGAUGUUUGGUUUCUAUGCCAGUGGCGUGGGGCUUGGAUGAGAAUGGUGUGAGCUGUGAAGAUAACAUUUUGGGUCAAAAGUGUGUGAGUGUUUGAGGAACUGAGCAAAUGCUCCUGGGACUAGAAUUCUGAGGAUGAAUCUGAGGGUACAAUGAUUGCUAGGUGGAGACAUAGUGAAAGAUGUGGAGAGCAAAGGAAGGAGGCAAGCUAUGGUGCAGAGUUUUUAAAAGCACAGUAAAAUCUCCACCACUGAGUAGAAUAGUAAAGAAAGGAGUAGACAGAAGCAGUUAAAAGUUAGCAGUCCUGCUCACUUAGGUUCAAGAUGGUAGCUUGGGUCAGGACAGAAGGAAUCAGAGGAAGUUGAGCAGAUAGAUCUUAGAAUAUACAUAUUUUAAUAUUCUUAUUGAUGUGUGUUAUGGAUUGUGUUUAAAUGUCCCCCCAAAGCCUCAUGCCAUCCUUUCAAAGAAGGGGAUGAAGAAGGAAUUCACUGCAGUUACAGGGUGGAAGGUAAAAAGUGUUCCUAUUUAAUGGAUGAUAACUAUACCUGAUGGAGAAAUUGUUUCCUCCACUGAAAAUAAAGAGCAAAGCAUGUGUGGUUUGGAGAGUAGUGAACUUUCAAAGGAACAGUUGUGAAAAUUGGGUGUUGGGUUGAAUAACAACAAAAACAGGAAAAAAAAAACUAUGCCUGAGGGCUUUCUGGAAAUUUUUAGAAGCCCUGAUUGAUUUUAAUGAUCAACGAUGCAUUGCUGUCUAUCUGCUAUUUAGGUGUGGUUUUUAGCCAUCUGGAUGAGAAAAACACAGGCAAAGAGACAUGGCCAUAGCUGUUAUGCUCAUUGUGUAGUGUACAGUACAGAGCCAGGGGAGUUUAGUUUAUUCCCAGGAAGCUGUUAGAAAAGUUGAACAUUUAAGAUGAUAUAAGCGAUGUGUAAGAAGGAAAACUGAAAAGAAUGGUAGCAAGAAUAAGGGUAACUUAUCCUUCAAGUGCAACUUGUCCUGGGCAUUCAAGAGAUCAAACAAUAUUUUUAGUGGAAAUACUCAAGUCUUCCCCAGGACAGAAAAUGAGAAGCUGACAAUGAGGUACUUUAAUUUGCUAGUUCAGAAAAGGAGCAGUAAGAGGAAAAUACUGAAAAAGUCCAUUGUGUCUCCUCCUACCUCAAACACGCCCUAAUGAUUACAGCCUUAUUCAGUAAUUUGUCAUAUAAAAUUUACUUUCAGAAACUAUUACUGACAUGCUUAAAAACUAUUGUUCCUAUCAAAUGGUCUUUCCCCCCUCUUCUUCAAUGGUAUUUAUUUGAAGUUUACAAUGUGCUAUGGGUUACACACAUCUGCUUACUGGACCUGAAAACAAUUAUGUCAAUUAUUUCCUGCUUUUACAACUCUCAACUGUCCAGCCACAAUGGAGGCGUCCACCGGAGGGUAAAAGUGCCUUGUUGCACUGGGUCAUUAUGAAUGUAUUUGGGGCAUCCAGCUGAGAAUCUGCCUUCUCAGACUCUAUAGGAUCCCAUCCUACCCUUUCCUGCUGCACAAUGAAUCCAAAGGAAAGAGCCCGAGCCCCUCGGUCUCCAUUCUUAGGUCAUAACUCCUAAUUGCUCCUGGGGGCCAUUGUGCCAUUUCCAAAGGCAAACCUUGGUCACAUCUGUUCUCAAGGUUUGUGUUUGUUGUAGCAGGGCUAGGGCAUUUUGCAGUCCAGGAAUAAAUUCUAAGGACAAAUUAAUUCAUGUCUUCCUUUACAAAUGAGUCUUGAUGAGCUGGCAUGAGUACCCAUUGACCCACUUGGAAAGAUGUUCUUUACCAAUGGGGCAUCACUUUUAAGACGGUCUUUACUUCUAACACAUGACACUCUGAAAAGCAGACCUACAAAGCCACUGAUUGGCAUGGCAUCCACAUCAAUUCCAAGGAUGUGUCUUGUAAUCAGGGAUGAGAAUCACCAAGAAAGCGAGUGAUUUGUCACUAUAAUGAUAAUUAAGCUUUACACAUUUCAGCUUUAAUUUUAUAUGAUCAUCAAACCAAGCAUACACUUCAUUUCAAUGUAUUUCAUAAUAAUCAAGGACCACCAGAAUGUCUGAACCAUUGCAGGACCUCCGAGGCUGUCGAGAGCCAUGUGAAAAAGCCACACGUGUUUCCUAAUGGCUUAGUACAAUGGUGUUAUGAUUUGGGUCAAAAUAUGUCCCCCAAAUUAUCAUUUAUUCCUUUGGGAAGAGGUGGGACUUUGGGAAGAUGGUUAGAGUAGGACGUGCUGAGCUCACCAAUGGAUCGAUCCAUUGAAAAGUUACAGCUGAAUGUGCUGCUAGAAGGGGGCCCACUUCGGAGCAGGUCAUUGGGGUCAUUGGAGACAUCAUGCCGUAGAGGGUUCACCUCUCAGUAAUGCCAUCAAAUUAUGGUUUAAUCCAAAGAUGAGGUUACAGUUUGUACGAUACAGUCACCUUCCAAAAUCCUUAUCUAUACACACAUGAGAUUUUGGGGGAAUUGUUAUUGUUUGAUUUUGUGGUGCUGAAGAUGAACCCAGGAAUUUUGCACUCACCUACUUUGUAAGUCUUAUUAUUAUUAUGAUUAUUAUAUUUUAUUUAGAGACAAGGUCGCACUUAAGUUGGCUCAGUUGCCCAGCCUGUGUUUGAAGGUGCAGUCUAUGGCUCAUAUCUACCUGAGUGCUGGGAUAUAUCAGUGCACCCCCAGCCUCCUGUCUGCCUGGAGCGCUGUGUGAGUAUAAGUUGAGGACAAAAACAAACACUGGAGGUAACACUUGGAAACAUCUGAGAAGGAUUCAGAACAUCAGGUGGAGGAAUGUUCAGGUACUGAGUGAGAACAAGAGCUCCAGAUGGUUUAGAAAUAACAAAGAAAGCCACAUUACACUGCCAGAAUGCUACAUAUGCAUUGUUUGUGUUUUCCUUACAGCAAUUGUUGCUAAAAUUAUGGAGGACAAUAAAAGACUCAUUGCACAUGAUGGAAACACAAAUCUUAAAGACGUCCUGAGGCACGAGUCCUUCCUAUGGAGCAGGACUGCCCUGCAGAACACUGUGAUCAGGAAGGAUGAGCAUGUGUCUGACACCCAGCAUGUUAUAUCCAUGCCAGGAAGACCCAAGAGUCAGCGGUGGAAGCCAGAAAAUCUAUGCCAGCAGGAUGAAGGAGCUGUGCUAGUGGGAUGAGGGUUCUACACUAGAGCCGAGAAGUCACAAUCACAACAAAGAGCGGAGCUGUCCUGAAAGGCACCACGACACGGAGGCCGCAAGCUCCUUCAAUGACAAGCACAAUCGGACUUUUAAUGCCUGGAGGCAUUGGAGCGUGAGAGGAUCUCCUGGGAAUGCCUGAGGGAUCACACUCAUUGAGGAAGCAGGUCAUGCAUUUACAGGUAAGGGGUUAAUGCAGAUUAUCAAUGCUCAUGCAGCUGUACCCAGUAUUUGGGGUUGUGGGGAGUGAGACAGAGUCUUGCUAUGCAGCUCAGGAUGACACUGAACUCACUGUGUAGCCCAAGCUGACCACGGACUCAUAGCGAUCCUCCUGCCUCAACUUCACAAGUGCUGGGAUUACAACUGUGUUCCACUAUGCCCAGCCUGUACUACAGUUUUGUAGAGGGUCCUGGAACUUCAGAAAGGUUCUUUUGUGACUGGCUACACUUAGCAGCUUGAUUGCUUCUGCCUGUUGCAGACCCCAAGAUUGAGAAGGUUCCUGGCUUGUGAGACCUAUGCUGUACAUUUUUGGGAAGACUCAUAGACUGCCUUGGAUUAUAAUUUUGAUUAAGAAACUCAAGUAUUUUUCAAGGCAAGCUGAUACUCAUUUUGAUAUAGGCUGAAUACAUCAUUUAUCCAAAGUGCCUCAACCAGAAGUGUUUCUAUUUGGAGUUUUUCAGAAGUUGGAAAACUGCAGAUAUGUAAUGAAGUAUGUGGAGGAGGGGACAGAAACCUAAACAGAAAGUCACUGGCAUCACAGGUACUUUAUAUACAUAGCCUGAAGGGAAUUUUAUGCCCUAUUUUAGUGUUCCAGCCUUUUGACUAGGACCUGAAGUCAGGUGUAAAAGUAUUCACAGGGGAAAUUAUGUGCAUGCACAAUAAAUUUCCUAUCUUGGAGCAUUUUAGAUGUUAAACUUUUGGAUUCAUGAUGCUCUGCCUGUCUUCACGUUAGACACUCCCUUGAAGAAGAAGGCAUGUGUAUACCUCCCAGCAGCUGUAAACAUGGUGGAUGUGAUAUGCAACACCCAUGAUUUAAAGGAGGAGAGGACUAAUGUACUCUAAGACAGAAACAUCAUGGUGGAAGGAUAUGACGCAGCAAAACUGCUUAGGUCAUGGAGGCCAGGAAGUAGAGCAGGGGAACCUUGCCAGAGAGGAAGGGACCAGGAACCCUAAGUCUAUGACCUCCCAAACCUAUUUGGAAGUGUCCUUCACCAAUUCCCCAGGCAGAUCCCAAAGUUAUCACUACCACAGAUGGAGACUUUUAGAGAAACUGGAGUGGAAACAAUCCUCUCUCUCUCUCUCUCUCUCUCUCUCUCUCUCUCUCUCUCUCUCUCUCUCUCUCUCUCUCUCACACACUGUCAUUAUUUUAAAUGAACAGUGAUUUUUUUCUUGCCCAAACUUCAUAUUAACAUGCUGGAAUGUUUAGGAUAAUUUACAUGAUUUUACUUAAAAUUCUGACAUUUACAUAGGAAAAACUAGGCUCCUAAUAAAUUCCCUAGGUAGUGUUGGAAUGUUUUCUAUGAAAUCUUGAAACAAUGCUAGAAAUGAUACUUGGAAAUUUUCAGUGGUUCUUCUGAGUCAUCUUUCUAUAGUAGAACUGUGACAUAAGCCUAAAUUUUAGGUACCUAGGUGAUUUCAAAAGUUAGCCACAUUAAAGAAGAAGAAACCAUUGGAAUUAUUUUAUUUACCCCAAUAGACCAAAUACUACGAUUUCAGUUUGCAACUAUGAUUGCUGCUUUAUGCUCCACUUUUUUCAUAUUUGGUGUUUUAAAUCAUUGCUUUAAUUACAGUACGUAUAGUGGAGCAAUGUUAACAGACUAAAAUUUUACUGGGCCUUAAUUAACAUCCACCUACUACAACCAUUAAUAGAACUGUAAUCUCUUAGGAUUGUAUUCCACUAGCUUAAUGCCAGUCUAAACUAGAAGAUUCUUGCCUAAAGUAAUUGUUAUCAUUCAGAUCUAAAAUGUCCCUGGUGGGCUUACAUAAAGUCAUUGGAUGAGGAGAGUGUAAACCUUCUCAGUGAUGACCAAUUAGUUCUGCAGAAUUUCUAGUUGAUUUGGCUGUAGAUGAAGGGAGAGGAUCAUGAGCAUGACCUUCUGGGCUAUGUCUUAUCUUUAGACGAUACUUCACCGGUUCUUUCUCACCUUUGCUGUUUCCUGGCUCCAUUUUUCUCCACCAUGCCCUUCUUCAAUGAGGUUUGUGCCUUGUCUUGAUCCUACAUCGGUGGAGCUGGCCAACUAUGGACUGAGCCCUUUGAAAUCAAGAGCCAAAACAAACCUUUGCUCCUCAGGUAUUUGGUCACAGCAAAAACAAAACCAAACAACAAAAACAGAAAAGAAAAGCAGUGAAGUACAGUAUACUUAACUUCCAAAUACAAGAUUUGCACCCAAAUUUCUUCCUUUUCUUUAAUAAUUUCUCACAAUUAUCUGAAUCAUCAGAGUUUUUGGGAAAGAAAUAUGCACAGUAUUUGAAUUUGACCCGAGAGCUAAAUGUUUAAAAUGAUUUGACUUAGUCUUAUUUUGGCACGUACUUAUCAGAUAAGACCUGAAGUCAUCAAGGGAGAAAUGAGUGGAAACAAUUCUCUCUCUCUCUGUCCACUUCUGUGAAAACAGAACUGGCAGGAACCCAAUACAUUAUUCCAUAAAUCAUCAUUUUCUUGUUUAAAAUUGUCUGCCACUUUAAAAAAAAGGUCCUCCCUUCCUUAGUAAUAUUCACUGUGAGAAGAUAAAGCAAGAAUUUUGAAAGAUAAGGACUCCAAAGUAUAUCAUGAUCUUACUUUUUAAGAUCUCUUUAGAUUUGUAGAUGAGAUUACAAAUGUAAUUCAGAGUUGCUCAUGUCAAAAUUAUAAACAAGUUCACCACAAAUGGGUGACAAGACCAUAAGAGCACUGAUGCUUUGUUAGCUAUAAAAUUCAUACAUAAUCACUUUGCGACUAUAAACUAUCUAAACACCAGAGAAUUUCACCGAGUAAAAUGGAUGAAUCUCUUCUCACACUCCAUUUUUUCUAGCCCUGGUACUAUUUUCCUUUCCAAAAGUAAACAACAUCCCAUUUGUUACAUAUCCUGUAAGAUUUUCCAUAAAUUUGCAUUCUUUCAGUCUGUCUCUCUCUGCAUGUCUCUAUCUCUGUGUCUCUCUCUAUUUCUGUCUGUGACUGUCUGUCUGUCUGUCUCUCUCUCACACACACAGACAUGUGCACUCACCAUACUUAUUUUUAAACAAGCUCUUUAUUGUAGGAGAGUUUUAGAUUGACCAAUCAUAAAACAGAAAACCUUUUAUCUUUGUAUCUCAUAUUGUGCUUGCAUUCUUUGUGUUAUCUUACACCAACUUAGUGCUUUUGCCACCAUGAAUAAACCAGUUUAAAAUGUUCUGUUAACUGAUGUCUAAACUUUCAUAUUUUGUAUUUUGUGCUUUUUCAUGUUUCCUUUUUACCUCAUGUGCCUUUUCUAGUUCGAAGUAGUACAAUAUGGCUCUCAGCAUCCUGUCUCCUUAGACCCCUCUUGACAGUGUCAGUUUAUUAGAUUUGCCUAAUUUUCCUUUACUUUGGUAGUUUUGACAAUGACUGCUCAGGUGUUUUAUAGAGUUAAUUCCAACUUUUUGAUGUCUGUCUCAUAACUAGACUGAGGAUAUGCCUUUUGGGGGAAGAAGACUCCACAAGAGAGGUAGCUACUUAAACUCUUACCCCUUUUUGAAGUAAAAGAGCAGAAAUUCAUGAAUUUACCCCCUAGGCAGGACUCACAUGAAUAUCACUUCAUGCAAACCAAGUUUUUAUUUCUGCGCAAUAGUUUUGCUCUAAUUUGCUUGUCGUGAGUGCAGAAUUGGAAAUUUUGUCACAAAGGAUGGGGGUUAGUAAGUUGGAGUUCUUGGUGAGGCUCCUGGGAAUUUCUGCCACAUUUUUUUUCAACACAUGAGGCAGCUCCCACCCGGGGAUACGUGGGGAGUCUUUAUUAGGCGUUCAAGCAUGGGUUGCUAUCAAGCUGUUUCUGAAAAAUGAACAUGUCACCCCAGGCAGAAUGACAUUUGCACUUGUCUUUGAGUUGGCCUUGUGAUUGGCAUCUCCAUGAAGGACAAUGCUGUCACCCACUGUUUCUACAGACAGCGUUUGUAAAGACUCACUAAAAGACUCACUAAUUCCCCCCCCCCACCAAUCAGGUUAGUUCCCUCCCCCAGCACUGAGCAUCUGAGUUAAUGAAGUGGGUCAGAGGAAACAAAGGCUUGAAGACACAACGACCAUACGGUUCAUACCAUUUAUAAUAAGAGAAUCUAAGAAGAAACCCAGAAAACCUGAGAAGGGGGAGGCGAACUCUCUCACUUUCCUAAGACUGCUAAUUGGUGAAAUGAGCCUAAGAGUGUUACCUGUCACCUGGGAGGUGACAAAAACACAGUUUGCUCUAGCUGUCCAUGUUAGCCAGCGUGGUAUGCUCUGAGAAACACGGUCCUUUCUAAGGUAUAGAGCAGGAUCAAGAUAGUUUCUCUGUAAAAAGCCAUGGAGGAACUACUUUCAUAAUUGUGAACUGUGUGGUCUCUGGGCUGGAACUCAACUCUGCCAUUCUAAAGGGAAAGCAUGCCUCUGAACAGACACAGCUGUGUUCUGAUAAAACUUUAUUUGUGUAAACAGACGGUGAAUUGAACCCAGCCCAUAUGCUUGAUUAUAGCAAAUGGACUACACUAUAAUAAGCCUUUCUUGUUCGAAUAAGGAAAAUGAAAAAAGCCAGUUUGCUAAAGAAACUGAACAAGUGCAGCUUGAUAUCAGGAGACAGCACAGUGGUCAUCUUUAAUUUCCUAUUAACUCAAUCAGGAUCCCUGUAUGACUUAUACAGUUGUAUCAUGACUGAUCUUGGUUAAAUCUGACUUGUUUGAAUACUGUGUAUUAUUGACAGAUUUUAAUCAAAACUGUUAGGUUGAUAGUAUCAAGUUGAGUAUAGAAAACUAUACUGAAAAUGACAAUGAUCACCACGAUAUCAUUCUGAUUUGAUUACUACCUGUUUUUGUAGUUCUACAGUAUCUACAAAGUUGUAUUUCUGUUAAUUCUCUUAUGCACUGAUAUGUUCAAUUAUACUUUAUCUGAUGAUAUAGCCAAUUCAGUUGUGUGUUCUGAUAUGUUCAAUUAUACUUUAUCUGGUGAUAUAGCCAAUUAGACUGAUGAUAACAAAAAAACAGCACAGUACCCAUGGUAGAACUCCUUAUACAGCAGUUUUAUAUGUCUUUUUAUUUUUAUGUGUAUAUAGGAAUAUGUUUAGUUCUGUCCUGCUUUGUUCUGUUUCUCCCUCUAAUAUAGAAAGGAUAGAAAUACAUGUUAAGACUCAUGCUUGCAUAAAACCUAUAAACAGUUUAUGAGAACUGAUCUGAUGACACAUGAUGAAAUGAACAAAUGCUUUGAAGGAAAGAAAGGGGCACUGCAGUACCUAGUGCCGAUUCCGGAGUGUCAUGAUGUGAAAUCCAGCAAUAUUAUUAACCUUUGUUCAGAAUGAUUUUAAUCUAAUAAGUUUUGUUAGGUCUCAACAUAAAUGAAGAUAUGGAUAAAUGCGUACAUGUCUAAGUGUAUAGUUUUUGUUGGAUAGUUAACAGAAUGGUUUGCAGUCUCCCCGGUUGAAUUCCCAUUUAUAUGUUCCACUUUUGUAUCUUAAACAAUUAUUUGUGGGGGGACAAUAAUGUAUACAUCAACUAGUGAUUUAUUACUGUUUAUUUCUUUUCUUUGAAAGUAUGUGUACUAUUUCGGCCCAUUUUUGAUUCUGUUUUAUCUUUCUCUAAAUUAAAAAAAAAAGAAAAGAAACUGAACAAGGAAGUGAUUUCCUGCGUCUUGUUCUCCCCGUUUAUUAGUAUCCCAUUGCUGCAUAGAAAAUCAACUCAGAGGGUAGCUUUAAAUGACACCCACUAAAUGGGUCACAAGGGAUCACUGGGUCAGAAGUAUCACCUGGCUACUCUGUUUAAAUUCUCACAAGGGAAUACAGAAGCUGUUGGCAGAUUCUUACCAGAAGGCAUCUAGACAAGUCCCUAUGUACACAUUGGUAGAAUCUAUUACCUUGUGAUUUUAAUCCCCAGUUCCUCACUGGCUGUCAGUCUAGGAACAUUCAAUGCCUCAAGGAUGCUGGAUUCCUUUCACAUAGCUUCUUACAAGCUUUAUGAUACCAACAGAGAAGCACCUCUUCCCAGAGCUGUAAAUCUUUUCCAUUUCUUCCUCUACCACCUAGCAAAGAUUGUUGUCUAAGGGUUCAUGCAGCUGACUCAGCCCACUCAGGUAAUCACCUAUUCUAACACACAGGGUGCGACACAGUACAACAGAAACAAUAGGAAAAUAUCACCGUGUAUUCAUAAACUAGGGAGUUCAGAAUGCUAACACACGGGGCCAUUUUUAAAAUCCGCCUACACCAAUACCUCUCAUAGUAGUUCUCCAAAACAAAAUCAGACAAAACUUCCUUGUAUUGGGUCUGGAAACAGAAGGAUGGUUGAAGAUAUUAUGUUAAAUAUGUUAAAGUGAUCUUGUUCUGCCAAGACUGAAAAACUUGACAAUUUUGUUCUGAUCUCCUACCUGUAUUUUUAAAAAGUUUUCUUGCUUAUAAAUGCUGUAUUUCCUGGAAAAUAGUUAUGUGAACUUUUGAAAUCAAGAGACCACUGAUGUUUCCCCAACUAAAGUACUGACCAUUCUUGGUUUUGUUUUUUUGGCACUAGUAACAAAACUUGGAAACUGUACCUAGGCCAAGAACAUUAUGUCAUUCUUUUAUAAUUUGGUUUAAAGUACAUUGUGUAUGUCACCCAAGAGGCCUUCACCAGUACAAGGCUAAGUGACUUGUUGAAAGCGAAAUAUAUUCAUGGGCUCUUUGAUCCUGUCUUUGGCACAUUUUAUAAGCACAGACUCCCACUGGCUGUCCUUGCUGACAUCCUGAGAUCUGAUGACAGAGAUUGCUGGGCAUUUGUCAGUCAUAGCUCAGCAUCCCAGGCAGGAAGCCAGCCCUACACACUGUGGACCGUAGAUUCAUGGGCUUGGAUCUCUUCCUGUUUGCUGUUGAUAUAGUUUGAAUCUGAAAUGUUGACUAGUCUCCUAUGUUGAAGGUAGUGAUGUUUAGAAAGGAGACCUUUAGGGAAUGAUUGGAGGAUGGGAGCUCUGACCUUGUCAAUGGAUUGAUCCAUGGUGGGCUCAUAAUUUGAUAGGCUAUCAGAAAGUGGAAGCAAUUAAGAAGCAGAGAUUAACUGAAGGCUGUGUAGCCUUACAGAAUACCCUUGAGGCAUUAGCCUCUCUCUCCCUCUCUCUGUCUCUCUCUCUCUCUGUCUCUCUGUCUCUUCUGUCUCUCUCUCUGUCUCACUGUGUGUGUGUUCCCUCAUAUCCUCCAUUAGAUGAGAAGCUUUACUCCACCACAUCCUUUUGCUGUAAUAUUUCUGCCUUGCCACUAGCAGAAGGACAAAGAAGCCAGUUUACAAUGGAUGGAAACCUCUGAAAUUGUGAGCCAAAAUAAAUCCUUUCACCUUUUAAGUCGUUCUCUUCAAGUGUUGUGUCACAGCAAAGGAAGAGAACAUGCACCUUAUUUUACCAUUGUUGUCUUCUAGUCUACUUAAAAAGUAAACAGAAAGCAUGCAAAGUGGAAGGAGUCUCUGCUAAAUGCUCUCUUUUGUUACCUGGUAUUGCAAGGUCCUUUGUAGGCAGGUAGAGCCACAGGUUGUAGAAAAUGAUGCCCAUCAAGUCAUUCUGAGCUCAAAACACAAGCACAGAUCCUAGCCUGAUUGUGUACAGCUGUAAUGCCAGCCACACAGAAGGCCGGGGCAGGAGGAUUCAAGAAGUUCCACACCAGCAUACUCAGUUUAAGUGAGACUUUGUCUCAAAAAUAACAACGCAAGCAUACUGAAUAUAUUUAUAAAUUUACCUUCUGUCUGUAUUACAGGCCAUAUGUGAAUUGUAAGUGAUUUUAUGUUGGGAGCCGCAGCCCCGAGCCCGGUCGCCUCACUUGGCGGACGUGAGGCCUGUAGUAAAGAGUAAAGCCUGAGGUAGAUUACCCCUCCCAUCGAGCACGUUAGUUUCCUGCUUACCGCGUAAGCAACCCGCUCAACAAUAUAGUCUGCCUGGCAACUGAUGAUGUUAGCCAAUCAGCUUGCCUUGCUUACUUUAACAUGAUUGGACACUGUAUCCGUAUAUAUACUGGUGCCACCCCUGGGGGGGAAAAAGAAGCCCGGAAGUAGAAGCCCAGAAGGAGCCGCGGGGAGCGGACCAAAGGAGGCUUCGGCUGGGAGCGAUCCCAGGGCAGGCUGUACGGAGAAGGAAAAUAAAAGAAAAGGUUGUCCACUGCCAGACUUUGUCGUGUGUCCUUCCUGCCGGCCAGGAGCGACAUCGACAUUUGGAGGCCCGCACGGGGACUGAUCACCCCCGAGACGUGACAGCGGACAACGCUCCAGUACAGAGCUGCGAGACAGGUGAGUUGGGGAUAAGCCUGGGCUCUGGGUGGCGCGCACCUACAGGGCUUUUAGACUCCCCUCAGGCUCACGCGUAAGUGGCGGAUUCCUUGGGCCUCACGCGGUGAGUAACAUAUUAAAAGAUGGGAAACAUGCUAGGUAGCAACACUAAGAGCGAGGGUGGUUGUGGAGAAAGCUCUCAAGAGCUUACAAAAGUACGCAGGGUAUUUGAGCAGGCCCAGUCAGGGAGCUCCCGAGAGGGGCCCGUCAAGGGGAACAAAGAUGCUAAGGAGAAGGACGGGGCUCUAGCCUCGGAGUCGUCUGACUCCGAGGACGAGGGAAAGUUGAAUGGCAAGGAGGCCAAAGAGACCAGCUGUCAGGAGCCUAAGUCGCUCGAUAAGGAGUCGCAGGGUUCCUUCCCAGCGUUGCGCCGUGAAUUGCGCUCCGCUCAACUUGGUCUGCGGAGGAGUAGGGAGCUCCUGAGCGCUCCCCGGCGCGAGAGGGAGGCGAAGCCUUCCGCCCCACCUUGGGGGGUGUUCCCGGAGGCGAUCCCUCGCCGCGAGGCGGCCGCCCGGGAGCUCCCUUCCCCUUCGCCAGAACAGGAAGUGAUGCACGGGCCCCCAUUUUCCGCCCAAUCAUGGCCGCCGUCUUAUGCUCCGCCGCCGGCGGGUCGGUAUUUUUACAGGCGGCUUUGGCAGGGGGGACGUUUGUCUCAUGAGGUACAUCCACCACCUGGGAUAGAUAGUGGCCCCUACGGGAUAUUUCCUGUACAAGUAGCUAUGGGCCAGGGACGUAAUGCAUGGGAGCCUUUUGAGAUAAAGCAGAUUAGAGAACUUAAAAAUGCAGUUACAACCUUUGGGCCGACUGCGCCUUACACCAUUGCCAUGCUGGAGAACCUGUCUUCUGGGCCCCUCACCCCCGCGGACUGGAUUCAGCUGGCAAAGGCGUGUCUGCCCUCGGGCAGUUACCUGGAUUGGCGAGCCUGGUACGCAGAGUUCUCUGCAGAGCAGGCUGAGAGAAACGCCAAUCGGGGAAACCGGGGGUGGAACAAGGAAAUGCUUAUGGGAGAAGGUCGGCACGCUGAUGAUCAGACUCAGUUCCCCGGCGCUGUCUAUGAACAAAUUAAUGCCAUAGGGCUCCGCGCCUGGAAGCAGAUAAGUGGUGCCGGAACAGCCUCCUUGUGUCUUUCAAAAAUAAUUCAGGGUACCACAGAGCCAUUUGUUGACUUUGUGGCCCGAAUGCAAGAUGCUGCCGAUAAGAUAUUUUCUGAUCCGGGAGUGGCUCGACCGCUGGAAAGGCAGCUGAUUUUUGAGCAAUGUACAAAGGAGUGCAAGGCAGCGAUAGCUCCUCAUAAGAACAAGGACCUCAACGCCUGGAUUAGGAUAUGCAGAGAGAUAGGGGGGCCGCUCUCCAACUCGGGAGUGGCUGCUCUCCUGGCCCCAGCUGUACAGCAGAGGGGACCUCGCGGGUUAGAAGGGGAAUGUAAGGCUAAAGGGUGUUUUGCCUGCGGGGAGCCAGGACACAUUAAACGUCAUUGCCCAAACAAUGCAGAUGCUAGGCCUCGCCCUAGGAAUAAAGAACCAUAUGUUUGUGGGCGAUGCAAGAGGGGAUCACACAAAGCUGAGGAGUGUAGGUCGGUCUUUGAUGCUCAGGGCAACCGUAUUUGUGGACGAGAUGCUAGAGGGCCAAAAAACGGCCAGAGGGGGCCCCCUUCACAGGCGGGCCCCCGCCCCAGAGACAGGACAGCUCAGGAUGGCAGCCUUCAACAAGGGCCACCCCUGGGUCAGCAGGUGUGGACCUCAGUGUCGCCUCCAGACUUAUACAGAAGGUCACCAUUAAGACGGAUGGCGUUAGGACCCUAAAUGACAUACAAAAGCUAUUGGGAGACAUUAAUUGGAUUAGGCCAUAUUUACAUAUACCAAAUUCAGAUCUCAAACCCCUGUUCGACCUUCUAAAGGGAGACCCAGAUAUAGCCUCCCACAGGAGGCUCACUCCUGAGGCAAGAGCUGCCUUACAGAGAGUGAAAAAAGCCUUAGGUGGGGCUACCUUACACAAAAUUGAACCAGGGCGACCCUUUGAUGUCUGUUUGCUACAGACUAGUCUACAGCCCACAGCGGUGAUUUGGCAGAAAGGACCAUUACUGUGGAUACACCCUAAGGUCUCACCUGCAAAAGUCAUAGAGCAUUACCCGGAGGCAGUCGCUUCAUUGGCCCUUGAAGCGCAUGAUAGAGCUGUCCAACAUUUUGGCUCAGGACCACAAGCCAUCCGAGUACCCUAUACCGCCAGCCAGAUCAAGACCCUGGCUGCCUGCAUAGAUACAUGGGCCAUUCUGAGAUGUGUUUUCCAUGGGGAUAUAAACAAUCAAUACCCUAAAGACCCUAUCUUGUCAUUUGUCACUCAACACCCUAUAAUUUUUCCAAAGGUUACUGCCUCUGAGCCAUUAGUCCCAGCAACUACAAUAUACACAGAUGGCUCCAAGACGGGGAUAGGCGCCUAUGUGAUCCUAGGCAAGCCCCCGGUUACCAUACAAUUUGAACCUGAUCAGCCUCAGGUGGUGGAACUGCAGAUCGUUAAAAUGAUUCUUGAACGGUUCUCAGAAGCCAUUAAUAUUGUCUCCGAUUCUAGGUAUGUGGUCAAUGCUAUGCAAGUGCUUGAGACUGCCGGUUUAAUUAGAUCCACUUCCACAGUGGCUGGGCUGUUCCUGUCUAUCCAGACAUUGCUUCAGAACAGACACCAUAAGGUCUUCACCACCCACAUAAGAGCACAUACAUCCCUGCCGGGGCCCAUGGCACAGGGGAAUGCGGCUGCUGAUACUGCCACUCGCCCGUUAUGGAUUUUUACCUUACUAACACCAAUUGAGCGAGCCCGUGCCUUCCACGAUAAGUUUCAUGUCAAUGCCAGGACACUAGCAAACCAUUUCCAUGUUUCCAGAGCAGAUGCACGAGAUAUCGUGCGACUAUGUGACUCCUGUGCCACAUACAAACCUGCCAUACCGAUGGGAGUAAACCCUCGAGGUUUGAUCCCUGGUGAUGUUUGGCAGAUGGACAUCACACAUAUACAGGAGUUUGGGACUCUUAAAUAUGUUCAUGUUUCCACAGACACCUGUUCUCACGUCAUAUUCGCAACAGCAGAAACAGGUGAAAAAGUGUCUAAUGUGAUCAAUCAUUGCCUGGCGGCUUGGGCCGCAUGGGGCAAACCAAAAAUAUUAAAAACUGAUAAUGGACCAGCCUAUAUAGGCAAAGCCUUCAAUGAGUUCUGCAAAAUGAUGGAGGUUCAAUUAAAACAUGGUAUCCCAUACAAUCCCCAAGGUCAAAAAAUCAUUGAGAGGGCUCAUAAAAGCCUCAAAAAAAUUUUACAAAAACAAAAAGGGGGAGUAGGCCAAGGCCUGGCCCCAAAGGCACGAUUAUCCAUGGCACUAUUCACACACAAUUUUUUAAAUUUAAAUAAUGACAAUUGCUCCCCAGCCGUGGAGCACUGCAACCCUUCCCCCAACCAUAAAGGGUGGGUGAAGUGGAAAGAUGUCCUGACAGGACAAUGGAUGGGCCCGGAUCCAGUGGUCAGCUGGAACCGAGGCGCGGUUUGUGUUUUCCCACAGGAAUCGGGACAAGAACCACUGUGGGUACCGGAGAGACUGACACGGGCGACAAAGCCCUCGACUGAAGAUCAGACCUGCCCUACCGGAGAUCCAUCACAGACCAACCAACAAGAUGAAUAGAAAUAGCGGUAGCCCAAAAUGGACAAGAAGAUCCUCAGGCAUAUGCAUGGCUCGCUCGCCUAGCCUACGACCGAGUCUAGGGGUGGUGAGCUUCCCACACUCCUCCUCUAAAAAAUUAUGAUAUAGCUGGGUAGGAGAGUCAAUGACGGGUAAGAGCGUACUCCCCCGGUGCGACUCAACCUAAGCCAGGCCCUACCCCAUCCUGCACGUAAGCCGCUGGACUGUUAGAUGCUGCCCAGGUCUAAAUUUCUCUCCGAGGGGAUUUCUUUACGGAGAGGAAAUGAGUGCAAGCUUGUGUGCAUCCAGGUUCCGUCCAGUUUGUGCCUGGCCCUAGAAAAAGGACGAGGGCCUCAGGGCCUUGGCAGACCAUGGGACGGCCGACCAGGGUCUAAGCCAAGGACCUACGGUGGGCCUACGCAUAGGGCAUAAGCCUCUGCACCCAGUCCAGAAAGGGCUACGAUGCGCACAUUCAUAAAAAAUAAAAAAGGGGGAGAUGUUGGGAGCCGCAGCCCCGAGCCCGGUCGCCUCACUUGGCAGACGUGAGGCCUGUAGUAAAGAGUAAAGCCUGAGGUAGAUUACCCCUCCCAUCGAGCACGUUAGUUUCCUGCUUACCGCGUAAGCAACCCGCUCAACAAUAUAGUCUGCCUGGCAACUGAUGAUGUUAGCCAAUCAGCUUGCCUUGCUUACUUUAACAUGAUUGGACACUGUAUCCGUAUAUAUACUGGUGCCACCCCUGGGGGGGAAAAAGAAGCCCGGAAGUAGAAGCCCAGAAGGAGCCGCGGGGAGUGGACCAAAGGAGGCUUCGGCUGGGAGCGAUCCCAGGGCAGGCUGUACGGAGAAGAAAAAUAAAAGAAAAGGUUGUCCACUGCCA